UUUCGGGGUGGGAGUGUCAGGGACCGACCUGACUUUCUCUUGCGGGCUGAUUGCGGGCACGUCAUUCAGAAGGAAGCUUCGUCGAGCGAAUAAGCUAAGGACUGUAGGAGGAAGUCCGCUUAUGAGAGCAGCUUUAAUUCGGACCAUCCGAGCGCUCAAAUGCAGCAACCGCCGCUGUGUCGCGCUUCACUUUUCCCUCCCUGGUCAAAACGUCAGAAGCAGUUGCGAGUUACCAUUUCGAAAGCAGACGCUUAGGGCUCGCUCUUCCAAGCUGGAAAAGCCAUACCUGUAAGAGGACAUGAUAGACUAGCACAUUUGCUGAAUUUUUUAAUAUGGAGCAAGCUGCAGUUACAAAGCGACUAUAUGUUGGAGGACUUGGCCAUACCAUUUCUGAAGCUGAAUUACAGGAAAGAUUUGGCAAGUUUGGAACUGUUAAAGAAACAGAAAUUGUGACCCGGAAGGAUGAACAUGGAAAUCCUACAAAAACCUUUGCAUAUAUCAACAUCACCCUGUCAGAAAAAGAACUCAAACAAUGUAUAUCUGUUCUAAAUAAGACAAAAUGGAAAGGGGGGAUGCUACAAAUAGAAUUAGCCAAAGAGAGCUUUUUGCACAGACUAGCACAGGAACGUCAAGAGGCAAAGAUAAAAAGGGAAAAAGAAGACAGUAAUGGUAGGGCCAGCAUUACCGAAUCGAUGAAGAAGUCUGGAGUUGUAGAUUUUAAUUUGAAAGCAGUACCAGGAACAGAAGUGCCCAACCAUAAGAACUGGGUUGUUGGCAAAUUCGGCAGAGUUUUACCCAUCCUCCACCUGAAAAGUCAACACAAAAACAAAAUCAUAAAAUAUGACCCUUCCAGAUAUUGCCAUAAUAUAAAAAAACUGGAUCAAGACCUUCCUGAAACAGUUUCCAUUUCCCAGCUUACUUGGCAUCUGGAAGAAGGUGAUGAUAUCAUAAGUAAGAAACGGCAAGGACAGUUUCCUGUAACCAAGAAGCCACCUAAAAAGAAAAUGAAAGUACAAGACAAGGAUAGUUUAAGCAGGACAGAACUGAAUUCAUGUUGUCAGUUUUCAUCAGGAGCAACAAACAGAGCCCAAGCAAAAGUGGUUCAAAACCAAACACCUGAUACAAAAAAGCAAAGCAAAGAGUGCUUUGUAGCUCAGAGGCUUGGAACUGGUUUAACAUCUUACAGGAAUAUGAAUAAAUUGUCUGACAAUGCUAUGGAUUCUGAAGAAGAAGAAGAAAUCAGAGCCAUCAUAACACGAGAAAAAGAAGUGCUCAAAGAUAAUCAUGGUACUGAACCUGAAGAUAAUGUGGAAAUUGUCGGAGACGAGUUUGAGCUGAAAUAUAAUACUCAUUGGUCUGUACAAAAAGCUUAUGAUGUCAAGGCAGCAUGUAAUGGCAUGGUAAGGACUGAUGAAAAUGAAUCCAGUUAUGAUUCAGCUGACACAGAUGAAAUUAUAGCAGUGACUAGAAUGCCAAAUAGGAAAAAUACUGAUGCUCUAAAGGGACCUAAGGCAGGCAACAAAGGAAUGGAUGGCACGUCUGAGAAAGGCAUAUUAACGCAUGGUGCAGGUUCUAGAUCUUCUGACUCAAAUGGGUUAAUACUUGAUAAACAAAAAGUGCAAGAAGGAUCAGUGCCUGAAAAAGCAAGAUAUACUACGGCUGCUCAGAUUCCUGAACAGAGCAGUGUCAAUAAUAAAUGCAAGUCUGAGGACGGCGAAAGUUCUGAUUCAUCUGUUGGCACAAGUGAGCCUGAUGGUGAUUAUGAAGCAGUGAUGCAGAGCUGCUUCAGACUUGAUCUUACAUUAGAAGACUUGGAGAGAUUAGCCAGUGAAAAGAUCGACACUACAGAUGAAGAUGAUACGGGAAGUAACCAAAGCAAUAUUCAGUGCAGCAACAAUGCAUCUCCCAUUAAUAGUACUAGCAGUAAUAUAAAGAAAAACACAAGUAGCCCUACUCUGAAAAAAUACAUCUGCCCAGAGGAAAUUGUUUCCGCCCUUCUAGAAGAGAGUUCUGAUGAAGAUAAUCCAAAGAAAAAACAUGUAAAGCCGAAAGUUCAGCCUUUCAGAGGAAUAGGGUCCCUAAAUAUGAAACUGACUAAGAAUGAAUUAGGCACACAAAAAGGUAUAGCUAAUCAGACUACUUCUAACCCUGUUCAUCUAGACAUUCUGAAAAAUGUUACAAGCCCUCGGAGCUCAGACUCUGCAAGUGAAAGGGUUAAUCACAAAUCACUUUCACUAAAAGAAAUUAAAUCAGACUCUCACAAAGAAAGUCGUUUAUUAAAACCUGACAUUUCUGACACUUCCAGUGCAGAAGCUGGCAAAGUGGAAAGCAGUGAUGUGAGUGUCACAUCUAAAGAAAAGCAAUCCAAAAAUGUCAAAUCACUUUCCAAGAGAUCCAGAGUAGAAUCUCCCAUUGAAGUUUCCAGUCUUGUACAGAGUAAGAAUUUAAGUAGUCCUCUGAAAAAGGAAGCAGCCUUUCUGGACUCUGUAAAUACUACAAGCAAGUCAGAUACAAAGGCAAAACAGCUGCAGGAUAAUGAAAGACGGCUGACAGCUCUGCAGGAGAGGCAAAAAGAACGAGAACUGCAGAAGAAACUUAUCCAUGGAGCUUUGACCAGUGUGGAAACGCGAUCAACAAAUAAGCAGAAACAUAUAGUAUUUGAUUCAGACAGUGAAAAUGAACAAGUAGUCUCUAAGGAAGGAUGUUCAGGAGAGCCGCUGGGAAAAGGAUUCACCACUAAAACAUCUGGGAAGUUGUUUGAGAGCAGUGAGGAAGACUCAGAUACUGCCGAUGAAGAAGACAGAUUCAGAAUCAAACCUCAAUUUGAGGGUAAAACUGGUGAGAAGCUUUUGCAUUUGCAGUCACGAUUUGGCACAGAUGAAAGGUUCCGUAUGGAUGCUCGCUUCCUGGAAAGUGACAGUGAACAAGAAGAUGAAUCAAAUAAAUUGGAAAUGGAUAAAGAGGAAGAACUCACUUUAGAAAAAAAGAAAAAUCUUGAGAUCUUGCAAAGUCUUCUGCAUAUUGGUGUAGAACCUCCCAAACCUAGCAAGCUAACUGCAAAUACCAGAAAAUUCAAAGAUAUGAAUACUGUACGCUAUGACCCUACCAGGCAAGAACAUGCAGUGUUUGAACGAAAGCCAGAAAAAACUGAAAAAGAGAGCAAAGCUAAAACAAAGAAGAAGAAGGAGGAAGUUCAAAAACUGCCUGAAGUGUCUGGAGAAAUAUUUUACAGUGUUGCUGUGGAUUUGAAAGAGGUAUUUGGAUCUAAAAAAUGUGAUGGAAAAACAGCAUACAUACCAUGGGACAAGCAUGAAGAUGUGAAACAAGCAAAUCCAGCUGAUGCAGAGGCGUUAACAUUCAGUGCUGGUGGAAAUGACAAAGAAGAAGAAAAUAGUGGCUUUGCUUUCUCUUUUUUUGGUGCUGAAGAGGAAAGUUCACCUAUGAAAGAAGAACCCUAUGUGAUUGAAACAAUAAAGCCUUCAAGAGUCACAUGGCAAGAAGAUCCACGUUUUCAGGAUAGUAGUUCAGAAGAUGAUCCAGAUGAUCCAGAAGUAGUUGAAAGCAAAGAUGUUACGGAAAUGUCUUCAGCUGUACCACACUCAAACAUUAGAUUUUUCUUCUUCUCCAAAGAUGAUAUUAGAUUAAAAGAGGGCCCAAAGCUCUUCUGCAAAUCCUCCAACACUGAUGAAGAUGCAGAAGACUGGGAAAGCAGGCGCCAAAUGUUACUUGAGGAUUGUCGGAAGAAACAUAAAGAUGCAAGAAGGAAAGUUAAAGCAAAAUAAUGAAAACAAUGAUUCUGCUCUUCAGCAGGAACGGUGGACACGCUUGCAUUCAACAGUGGGAAAAUGGAAGGUGUGGCAGGAAACGCACUUACAGAUGAUUAAAAAUAUAAAUUGAUGCUGUUUAUGCAAAAUGUUGUGAAAUCAGAAUAGGCUCUAACUGUGCAGUAUCUGUAUUGUACCAUAUGGACAAUUUCCAUUUCCUUCCAACCCUUGUUCAUAGGUUUUUUGUUUGAGGAAGAUUCUUAAGCUACAGGAAAACCUGCUAUGAGUGUUGAGUGUAGUCCUUCGCUUAGCUAGUGGCAAUAAUAAAUUAAACAAUCCUGCAGAAAACUUGAAAAGGACUAAGGUUAGAUUAUGUAUGUAUUUACGUAUGUUUAUUAUUACUCUUACAAUGCUUUGAGCCUUUAUGCUACACUUGGAAAGGGAAGCAUUUCUGGCAAAACACAUACAGGUUUCACACCCCCUUCAAGGGCAGAUCAAAGAACAGAUAGAUAUUGUAAAUUAAUACUUAUUUCUAAGAAGUAGCUGUAGAACAGUUUGGCUGAGGAGCAAUGACAACAAAAGUCAAAAACUUGGAUAAUGUAAGAUCUUACAAUAGAACAAGUGCAAUUACACCGAUGGAGGAAAGAGGUAAUGUUUAUGUUUGUAUUUGAUAGAUUAGAUGUAUUUGUACAGUUAUAUACAAUCAGUCAUAUUGUACUGGGGUGUUAUUUCGGGAUGCUUCAUAUUAUUAUUAAAUUUAUUUUUGUAUCUUGAAAGACUUGGUCCAUAUUAAAACUAAACUUUUUGUUAAUGCAGUCCUGCUACUGUAGAAAAAAGGCCCACACACCUCAGUUUCACUUGUUUAGCAUAAAUAUAUUUUGUUGGACUACUAUACAGCAAUUCAAAGCCAUCAGUAUGUGAGCAUGUUCAUUGACAUCAGUGGGAUGAAUCACACUUUUUGGUGAGAUUCAAUCUUCUGGAGUAGAUUAGAGUCACCCAAUUUUGAGAGACUAAUUUUCUCACUGACUAAAUGUGCUAUUUUAAUAAAGCAAAAUAGCUGGUUUUUUUAUAAAAUAAAA